CUGGUACAGACUCGUGAUGUCGGUCAGCUAUGGGCUGCGCAACCCACUUACAUAAUAUCUCAGGUGGUCUACUGUUUAGCUGGCCUCGUAACGCUGUUUCACGCGUUUAGAAAAGGCGGAAGAUGGCCUUAUUUUUGGCUCGGCACGGUGCUUCACGGACUUUUCACUGACAACUUCUGGCAUUUCGUGCUACCCGAAUACGAUAACUUCUGGCACUCUCAAACACCAAUUAUCCUAUUGGGCGCCAGACUGCCUCUUCACAUCAUUUUUCUAUAUCCGGCGUUCAUUUACCAUGCAGCAUAUGCAGUAUCAAAGCUUCGCUUGCCACGCUACGCGGAGCCUUUCGCAGUUGGGCUGGUCACUGUCCUGGUGGACAUCCCGUAUGAUAUAGUUGCUGUGAAGUUUGUACAUUGGACCUGGCACGAUACCGACCCCAAUAUUUAUGAUCGUCACUACUGGGUGCCAUGGAACUCUUACUAUUUCCACGCUACGUUUGCCGCUAGUUUCUUCUUCUUCUUCCACCAGAGCAGGAGAUGGUUUGCUCCCAAGAUUGAACAAUGGACGUCAGCAACUAAGUCCGUGGAAUGGAAGUCACUGAUCAUCUCCUCUCUCUUGGGCAUGCCGGGCGGUGUAUUGAUGUUCGUGCCGCUCUAUCAUCCUUUGCACGAUGUCUUCAAAAUACAUUCCGAAGUUACGUUCUUCCUUCUAUUUGCAAUCUUCGGUGCUAUUGUCAUCAACGGAAUUUUAAGCGAGAGGGAGAAGACAAAAGAGAAGCUAACGGCAAUCGACUACGUGCUUUUGCUGCAAUUGGCCGUGCAUUACGCCAUUUACUGGUUAUUCGUGGUAUUCUUUGAUCCCGAGAAAGAACGAUCCCUGGGCUUACACGAGCCAGUCGGCCCUUGUAAUGAAGUAGCCAGCCUUGUCACGCCUUUUGGACAGACUUUAUACAAGCGAAAAUACUUCUGUCCCGACGAUUACGACGAGGGGUAUUUUGACUUCAGUUGCGUCGGCGGACGGAAACCACAGAAUGGCGCUACUUGGUACGUCAUUUGUGGGACGCCUUUCGAAAAUCGUGCGGAAUACAUUACAGUAAUAUCGACUAUUAUCAUCGUAGCCGCCGGAGUUUUCUAUGGAUUAUACUUUAAAACACUACGUCAAGAACCGACUCAAAGUAAAAAAAUUAAAACUAAGUGA